AUGGCGUUCGAAGUGAAAAAAUACUCGAUUUAUUUCAAUGCAAACGUAACUGAUUAUUUGGCUAGAGUUCAGGUGCAUUUGAAAUUGAAUGAGGAUGUCACCUCCUUCAGCUUCAAGGCAUCCAAGCUUCUUACAAUCAAAACAAUAACUGUCGCCACAGCAGCACAUGUUUACAGAGAGCGCGCUGACUAUUCUCUUCUUGACAUCACCGACUACACUUAUGAUGAGGAUUCUGAGACUCUCACCAUCCCAGUUCAAUACUUUGACCCAAAGAGCACUGCGGAAGGUGCUUACAUUGAGAUUGAAUAUCAAGGAGUGGUAAUGAACGAGGAGGUUCCACCAGUUUACCUUCAAAAUGAGGCUUUCAUAAAAGUCGAUUUGACUGGUGGAGCUCAAAAAUUGUUGCCAGUGAUUACCGAAGUUCCAGUGGAUGUUGAGCUCACUAUCGUUAGCGAUUACAGAGGAGGAGUUGAAAUUAGCAAUUUGGUUGCCGGCGAGCAUCACGACAACGGAGAUGGCCGUUUUGCGAAUGUUUACGUGAGCGAGGGACCAGUUUCGUUGGACUCGUUGAGUUUCACCAUUAACCCACCAACUCCACUCAUUCUUCAAUAA